AACUAUAAAAACUGGAGACAAAUUUAUCUACAAUUUUGAUUGAACUUUCUUACAGUCGAAUGUAAUCACGAUGACAAAAAAAUAAUGUCCUAAAAAGUUGAAUAUCCAAACCCGCCGCUAAAAAACUGCUAAAAAUAGAUGACGUUUGAUGACAUAUGUCAUUCAAAAUAAAAAUUGAGGUUAGAAGUUCAAAACAUUACAUGAGAGUGUUCGCCGCAGAGGAAGAUUUUUGAAAAUAUUGUAUGACCACAAAGUGUCGCAGUUCGGUGAAAUGUCUGACCGCAUGCCAAAAAUUGAUUUCGAUAAGAUAAAAAAAAGUGACUUGGAUUUUAUUAGGGAAAUAGAAAGGAAAAAUCAGGAACGAGUACAGAAAUUGAAAUUCCUACGAAGAAGAAAUUUACUUACUGCAGGACUGUUAACUGCUGGAAUAUUUAGUAUUUACGGAUAUUCUAUGCUUGCAGUUAAACAAGAGACCUUCCUAGACGAUUUUGAAGAACCCGCUAAAACGUCUCAGGCUCAAUAAUGGCAAGUUCAGCAAAACUUAUUCGUUUACCCCCUUUACCUACUAUUAGAGAUUUAGUUAAAUUAUACCGCUUGAGAGCCAUACGCCAAUUGUCUCAAAACUUUUUGAUGGAUGAAAGAAUCACUGAUAGGAUUGUUAAAGCUGCAGGAAAUAUAACAAAUCAUUACGUUUGUGAAAUUGGCCCAGGCCCAGGCGGAAUAACCAGAUCAAUUAUUAAACGUCGUCCUCAUAAACUACUUGUAGUAGAAAAAGAUCCAAGAUUUAUCCCUACAUUAGAGUUGUUAAAAGAAUGUUGCAAAGAUUACACCGAGAUGAAAAUAGAAAUUGGAGAUAUUAGAAAUUCUGAUUUAGAAACAAGUUUUAAAGGGGCCCCUAAACAUGAUUGGUUGGAUGCUCCAUCACCAGUUCAUCUUAUAGGUAAUUUGCCAUUCAGUGUAUCUACAAAUCUAAUAAUCAGGUAUUUACAAUCAGUGUCAGAGAAAACAUCAGCCUGGAGUUUUGGAAGAUCGUCUAUGACUCUUACAUUUCAAAAAGAAGUAGGAGAAAGAAUGGUAGCUUCGAUAAAGGAUAAGCAGAGAUGUCGUUUAUCUGUCAUAUGUCAAAUGUGGUGUGAUGUUCAAUACAAAUUUACCAUACCAGGUAGAGCAUUUGUACCCAAACCAGAUGUAGAUGUCGCAGUGGUAACAUUAGUGCCUCUAAAAUAUCCAAUGGUUAAACUACCUUUCAAAUUGGUCGAGAAGGUUCUUAGGAAUGUAUUUAAUAUGAGGCAAAAAUACUGCGUACGUGGGAUUGAAAGGUUAUUCCCAGAAGAAAAUCGUACUGAAUUAGCUUCAAAAUUACUGAAAUUAGCCGAUUUAGAUCCCACCAUAAGGCCGUUCCAAAUUAGUAACCAAGAGUUUGUUAGAAUUUUUUAUGCUUACCAAGUUUUGUGCGAAGAACAUCCUGGUUUGGUAGAUUAUGAUUCUAGAGGGCCCAAAAGUCUAGUAGUAAAAAAUGUAGCGCAGUUAUCGUAGUUGCUUUUUUUCUUUACAAAUAAAUAUAAGGUUAAGUGUUAUUUUUUAUUUUAUUGAAAAAACUUCCCACUGACUACAUACCUUCGCAGGAUACCUAAAAGGCCAAUACAAUAUAUACGAACAAUUUACCUUGUUUUUGAUUUAUGUCGUGUACAAAAAUUGGUUUUAUCACAGACGCAUUUGUAGACAUGUGCACUAUAGAUAACCCACAGUGAUAUAUUUUUCCGAAAACUUGGCCUACAUCCAAAAAUUGGAAUUACAAUACAUGACUGCAAAAGAUCCGUAAAUGAUAGUAAAAAUUACCUACUAUACUGGUCUAUACCUCCAACCAUUUUGAAAAAUAAAGAAAAA